AUGACCCCGUGUGUCCAGGUGUCGAUCAUCCCGCGGGGGAAGGGCCUCGGUUACGCUCAGUACCUGCCCAGAGAGCAGUACCUGUACAGCAGAGAGCAGCUGUUCGACAGGAUGUGUAUGAUGCUCGGAGGCCGCGUGGCCGAGCAGGUCUUCUUCGGCAGAAUCACCACCGGAGCUCAGGACGACCUGAAGAAAGUCACGCAGUCCGCCUACGCUCAGGUGGUGCAGUUCGGGAUGAGCGAAAAGGUGGGUCAGGUGUCGUUCGACCUGCCGCGGCAGGGCGAGAUGGUCAUGGAGAAACCGUACAGCGAGGCCACGGCCGAGCUCAUCGACGAGGAGGUCAGGGAGCUGGUGGAGCGAGCGUACCGGAGGACGCUGGAGCUCAUCGAGGAGAAGAAGGAGCUGGUGGAGAUGGUGGGGAGACGUCUUCUGGAGAAGGAGGUCCUGGACAAAGCGGACAUGCUGGAGCUGCUGGGCCCGCGGCCGUUCGAGGAAAAGUCGACGUACGAGGAGUUUGUGGAGGGGACGGGCAGCUUCGAGGAGGACACGAGUCUGCCGGAGGGCCUCCGAGACUGGAACCAGGAGAGAGGAGGGGAGGCCGAGGACAUGAGCCCGAGCCAGGACAGACAGCAGGCCGUGUAGAGACGCAGACUCAGAUAAGACAAACAAACGCUUCACAUCCCAGCUGCAAAAAAACCAACUCGACGCUGCCUCAGUGCCUCAGAGCCCGAGAGGGAUUUUAUUAUCAGGAAUUCACGCCCUCAGUUUACUUUGUUUCCAUCAAGUUAAUAAUUCAGACGCUUGAUUCAACGAACGCGUCACAAACAACCUCAGUUUCGUCCAGUUUGUCCUCCGUGUCCUCCAUGUCCUCCAUGUCCACCCGGAGUCUGAUUUCAGUUUUGGAUGGAAACAGAUAUAUAUUUUAAAAUGAUUUGAGCUUUUCUGUUUAUGAAUAAAAGAG